CUGUUCUCUCUUCUCCCCCCUGCCCCACCGCAGACUUCUACCUUGUAAAUACUGUUAUUUGUAUAUACUGUAAAUGAUGACAUCGGUGGGCACUAACCGAGCCCGGGGGAGCUGGGAGCAGACACAGACACAGAGCCAGACACAGCACAAGCAGCGGCCGCAGGCCACUGCGGAACAGAUUCGACUUGCACAGAUGAUUUCGGACCACAACGACGCUGACUUUGAGGAGAAGGUGAAACAACUGAUUGACAUCACAGGGAAGAACCAGGACGAGUGUGUGAUUGCUCUGCACGACUGCAAUGGGGACGUUAACAGAGCCAUCAAUGUGCUGCUGGAGGGCAAUCCGGACACGCAUUCCUGGGAGAUGGUCGGGAAGAAGAAAGGCGUCUCGGGACAGAAGGACAGCGGACAGACAGAACCCAGUGAGGAGAGCAAAGAGAACCGAGAGAGAGAUCGGGAUUUCAGCAGGCGACGUGGAGGACCGCCGCGGCGGGGCCGGGGUGCCAGCCGUGGCAGAGAAUUUCGGGGCCAGGAGAACGGGCUGGAUGGUGGGAAGAGUGGAGGCUCUUCUGGAAGAGGCACGGAGAGAGGGAGACGGGGACGUGGCCGGGGCCGAGGUGGCUCUGGAAGGCGGGGGGGAAGAUUCUCUGCCCAAGGCAUGGGAACUUUCAACCCAGCUGACUACGCUGAGCCAACCAGCACGGAUGAGAGCUAUGGGAAUAGCAACACCAACACGUGGAACAACACGGGCAGCUUCGAGCCGGACGAUGGCACGAGACUUGAUUUCAUUGGGGGUGAGGGCUCAAAUUAUCCCCGAAAAUUUGACACUGCUCCUGGUACGAUACAUCCAGGUGCAUGGAGGGCUGCGACGGAGGAGUGGGGCACUGAGGACUGGAAUGAAGAUCUGUCUGAGACAAAGAUCUUCACUGCAUCCAACGUGUCUUCAGUGCCUCUGCCUACAGAGAACGUGACAAUCACAGCUGGGCAGAGAAUCGACCUUGCAGUGCUGCUAGGAAAGACACCCUCUUCCAUGGAGAAUGAGUCAACAAACCUGGAGUCCUCCCAGGCCCCUUCCUUGGCACAGCCUCUGGUGUUCAGCAAUUCCAAGCAGAGUGCCAUGUCCCAGCCGGCCUCUGGGAACUCCUUCUCUCACCACAGCAUGGUGAGCAUGCUGGGGAAAGGGUUUGGAGACGUCGGGGAGGCCAAAGGCAGCAGCACCACGGGCUCACAGUUCCUGGAGCAGUUCAAGACGGCCCAGGCUCUGGCCCAGCUGGCAGCUCAGCACAGCCAGCCAGGCAGCAGCACUGCUGCCUCCACCUGGGACAUGGGAUCGGCCACACAGACCUCAUCCCUCGUGCAGUACGAUCUCAAGAACCCAACAGACUCCUCUGUGCACAGUCCCUUUGCCAAGAGGCAGGCCUUCACGUCCACUUCCACGAUGAUAGAGGUGUUCAUGCAGGAGAAGCAGCCUGUGGUGACAGCCUCCACCACCGUGCCGGCACCGCCGUCUUCGCCGCUGCCCAGCAAAGCCAACCCCGUUCCCCAAAUGUCCCCGGGCUCCUCUGACAACCAGUCCUCCAGUCCCCAGCCUGCACAGCAGAAGCUGAAACAGCAAAAGAAAAAAGCAUCGUUAACAUCAAAGAUUCCUGCCCUGGCGGUGGAGAUGCCUGGCUCAGCAGAUAUCUCAGGGUUAAACCUGCAGUUUGGGGCAUUACAGUUUGGUUCAGAGCCUGUUCUCGCCGAGUACGAAUCGACGCCCACGACGAGCGCUGCUGUCAGCCAACCUCAGAGCAGCCUGUACACCAGCACUGCUAGUGAAUCUUCAUCCACAAUUUCGUCCAAUCAAAGCCAGGAGUCUGGUUACCAGAGCGGCACAAUACAGACAGCAACAUUUACCUCCCAGAACAGCGCUCAGGGACCACUGUAUGAACAGAGAUCCACCCAGACGAGGCGAUACCCAAAUUCCAUCUCCUCCUCGCCCCAGAAAGACCUAACCCAGGCCAAGAAUGGUUUCAGUUCCGUACAACCCACGCCAUUACAAAGCACGCAGGCUGUUGAAGGUGCUACCGGCCCCGCAGUGAAGUCUGAUUCCCCUUCUGCUCCCAGCAUGACGCCUCUCAAUGACGGCGUGUCUGCGGCGUCGCUGCUGAGCACAGCCAGCCAGCAUUCGACAGCUCUGAGCAGCCUGAGCCACAGCGAGGAGCUGCCCAGCACCACGGCCGCCCAGCUCAGCAGUACGUUACCCACCCAGCAGAACAGUCUGUCCUCAUCCACAUCCUCUGGGCGAACAUCAACUUCAACUCUUCUGCACACGAGUGUGGAGAGUGAAGCCAGCCUCCAUUCUUCUGCUAGCACUUUCUCCACCUCCUCCAGCACGGUGUCGGCUGCCCCGCCGGUCAUAAGCGUUUCAUCCAGCCUCAGCAGCGUCAGCAGCCUGGGCCUCAGCCUCAGCAGCAACUCCACGGUGACGGCCUCCACUCGCAGCUCCGUGGCGACGACAUCAGGAAAAGCCCCUCCCAACCUCCCCCCUGGAGUCCCACCGUUGUUGCCUAACCCGUACAUCAUGGCUCCAGGAUUGCUACAUGCCUACCCGCCACAGGUGUAUGGAUAUGAUGACCUGCAAAUGCUCCAGACGAGAUUCCCAUUGGAUUAUUACAGCAUCCCAUUCCCCACGCCCACCACCCCACUGACUGGAAGAGAUGGCAGCCUGAGCAGCAAUCCGUACUCUGGUGACUUAACAAAAUUCGGCCGAGGCGACGCCUCCUCCCCUGCUCCUGCAACGACUUUGGCACAGCCUCAGCAGAGCCAGACCCAAACCCACCACACCACGCAGCAGACGUUCCUGAACCCAGCGCUGCCUCCUGGCUACAGUUACACCAGUCUGCCGUACUACACAGGGGUACCAGGGCUCCCCAGCACCUUCCAGUACGGGCCCGCCGUGUUCCCUGUUGCUCCUACCUCUUCCAAGCAGCAUGGUGUGAAUGUCAGCGUCAACGCAUCAGCAACCCCUUUCCAGCAGCCCAGUGGCUACGGCUCUCAUGGAUACAGCGCUGGUGUAUCUGUGACAUCCAGUAACACAGGCGUGCCGGACAUCUCGGGCUCUGUCUACUCCAAAACUCAGCAAUCCUUCGAGAAGCAGGGAUUUCACACUGGAACCCCGGCAGCCUCCUUCAACCUGCCUUCAGCGCUGGGCAGCGGCGGCCCCAUCAACCCCGCGACGGCAGCCGCGUACCCCCCGACCCCCUUCAUGCACAUCCUCACCCCGCAUCAGCAGCCCCAUUCGCAGAUCCUCCACCACCACCUGCAGCAGGACGGGCAGCUUCCAUAUUUGCAGAUGAUACUGUGCUGCCAACGCCAGCAGGAAGAUCAGAGCGGCUCCGGGCAGCGCAGCCAAGGCAGCUCCAUCCCCCAGAAAUCCCAGGCCAACAAGUCUGCCUACAACAGCUACAGCUGGGGCACCAACUGAGCAGGGCGGCCCCCACCCACCAGUUGCUUACGACAAGAACCCCACGAAGACAAGAACCCCACGAAGCGACGCCGACUGAUGUGGGAGGAGGAGGAGGAGAAGAAACCCCCAGGGCAGCGCCGGCCCCGGGCAGGGCAGGGCGGGCGGCUCCGCGUUGUCUGUUUUCAGCCACCUUUCCUGUUGUAUGUAAUAUAGAAUUUGUAUUUUUCUUUUAUUUUUUUCUUCUCCCCUCCCCUUCUUCUCUCUCUCUGCAUUCAGACUCUGACCCGUUUGCCGUAGGGGCCUUUUUUGGUUUGUACUCCUUCCCCCCUCCCUCCUUCCCCUCCCCCCCCAUCCCCGCUCCUCCCGCUGCCCCUCGGACCCAAAGGAGUGGAAGCUGCGCGCCGCCUACAGCAAACCCCUUAUAUUAGGAAUAAGAGCAGUAAUUGAUAUGAACAGCAUUGUAAGAUGAAUUAGUUGAAGUGUUUUUUUUGUACCGUGUUCUAAAUUUAAUGGAUAAAUGUGUCUUGUAUAUAAAAACAAAAACCCCAA